AUCGGGUUCUCCUGCUCAAGGCCGCGGUCGUCAGCCUUGUGCCCGCGCCACAAAGCUGGCUGCCAAGAAUAAUUAAAAUUAGCGUGUUCUCCGCAAGCAACCUCAGCUUUCAUGACCUAUGGAGAGGGCAACAUUCUGUCCACCUUGUCCAUAAAGUAGGGCGUGUGAUCGCUCGAGGCGCGUGUGAAAGAACGGGGUAAAACAUCGACAAAACAUCUGUAUCUACGUCACCUCGUGGUGCUGAGUAAGGUCAGCACCCGUGCAAGCCCCACUCAAGCCCAGGCAGGCAGGACGGGUCAUCGGUGAAGAAUUGUGGCUACAGUUUCUCGAAGAUUUCAGGAAUCAUCAUCCGUCCUCUUCGUCAGCGAAGCCCGGGAAGAGAAGAAAGCUCGUCAUGCCACAAUGAGUUCUUGUUCGAAUUGGGCAUCGUCUUCUUCGCAGUGGAAGAAUCUGGAGAUUUCUGCAGAAUUCUUGAAAGUCGAAUCUAGCUUUAACUCUGCCACCAUUCAGUUCCUCGUUGCUGUGGCCCGCGUUUGAAUUACGCAGUGCAAUACAUCGUUGUUGCCUGCCUCUGAAAUUCCCCCCUCGGCGAAAAUAGACAUUCGCAGGCAUGGGCAGUCCUGCCGCAUGCAUGCUUCUGGCCAGGACUGGACCGUCGGUGCGCUUUCCACACCUCCCCAGUUCCGCUGCUACCGACUGCACGGCUGCAGCUUCUUUGAGGUGGAGGAUGCCGCUCGAUUGUUCGCUCAUUAGGUCCGAGGAUCAUCUCUUGAAGCUCUCGGUAACAGGUUUGAGCAGGCGGGAGAAAUUUGGCAGCUCUAGCUGCUCAAACCUCUCAGUCCGUGCCCUUCAAAAGAACGCCAUAUCAACAGAAGACGAUAGUUCUCUGAUGAGUAGCGUCGCUGGGAAGGUCCCUGAGCACGAAGUGGAAUUGAAAUCACAGAGAUUGGGGAGCGACGAGAGCUCUGCCGAUCACUCUGGAACAGCAAGCGAGGAGGCUUUGCCAAAGAGAAUCCAGUUUGAUUACGGGUUUCAGGCGAGAUUUCUCCGAACGGGACCGACAGUUCCACAAAAUGUUUUCAAGCUCGCGUUCGAGAAUUUUGGGAGAGAAUGGCGGGCUCUGCGACGAAGUUACUUAUUUCGAGUAUUGAAGCCAAUUCGCCCGGCGGAGAUUGAGGGCGGCCCUUUUCAGUUAGUGGGAGCAUACACCGGGCGAGGCUUGAUUUUGUUUCUGCGGGGACUGGAUAAGUUUUUGACUUUGUAUGACGGUCUGAAAGAGAUACAGCCUGUGAAACAACAACCGAACAUUGAGCAAGAUGAGCUUAGGGAGCAAUUAAAGAAGCUGAAGUUAAGUAACAAAAAGGUGUGGGAGAGGGAGAAAGCUCGAGAACAAGUGGAAGCACCUUGGUGGAUUCUCGGCCCAUAUUACUUCCUGUGUUGGAUGCUGGACGUGAUAUUCGAGGACAGGCCAAUUCAGCGUUUUUGGUUUUUAGAAACUGUCGCACGGAUGCCCUACUUCUCAUAUAUUUCUAUGCUCCACCUGUACGAAACGCUUGGCUGGUGGCGUUCAGGAGCAGAAGUGCGCAAAGUCCACUUUGCAGAGGAGUGGAAUGAAAUGCAUCAUCUCAAAAUAAUGGAAUCACUUGGAGGAGAUCUUGAAUGGGGAGACAGAUUUUUCGCACAGCAUGCUGCUUUCUUCUACUACUGGACCCUGAACGCAAUGUUUUUGAUAUCACCCACGGUUGCGUACAAUUUUUCAGAACUUAUCGAGUCACAUGCAGUCGAUACUUACGGAGAAUUUGCUGAUGAGAAUGAAGAGCUGCUGAAAACGCUGCCCCCUUCUCCAGUUGCAGUAGCAUACUAUGAGAGUGGAGAUUUAUACAUGUAUGAUGAGUUUCAAACAAGUCGACCUCCAGAAUCUCGACGGCCCAAGAUGGGUAGUUUGUACGAUGUUUUCAUGGCCAUUUGUGGUGAUGAAGGGGAGCAUGUGAAGACAAUGGUGGCUUGUCAACAGCUUGAUACCCAGGUUGUGAGUCCCAACCGGGUCAAGUACAGUGGCCAGAAAGUAGAAACGGAAGUCGAAAUACCCGACCGUCUGCCGUGAAGGAACCUUGCAAGUGCAAUCCCUUUCGUGUCUCGACCUGGGUUUAUCUGUAAAAGAAACUUGUCAUGUCUAUAAUACCACUGUAUAGUUUUGCACAGCAGCAGAGGAAAAAGGUGAAACCUUUGAAAGGAUCUGUACAUACUGAGCUCUACAGAAACAAGAUACAGAGUGCUUCUUAAAGAGAUAGCGUACCAUAAGACGGCAUGAGUCAUCGAAGGCAGAACUUCGCAAGACGCAGAUGACAUUUGACAUCACUUAAAUAAGUGCUUUAGACGCAGAUACUGAAGUAUGAAUUUGGCUAGUGACGGUUUUCAAAAACUCCUUUUGAUCCGGUUAAUGGGUCUUAAACCAAUUACCAAGUUUAUGUGCGACGAUAUGUUUUUCAAAGGUUCUGUUAUGUUUUUUCCUGUGUUGAUUUGUGUCGCUUUUUUCUUUAGCACUGG